CCUGUUGCCCUUCUCCCCUUCUUCAAUUUUUUGUUUCCGUUCUUGCCCAGCCAUCCCCAUCCUCCGGCGAGGAUCCUUCUCUCCUCCGGCGAUUCUUCUCUCCUCCAUCAACUCCCUUCUCUCUUCCGGCGGAUUCCAGCUCCAUCAAUCCCAUCCAAACAUAGCCUUAGCCAUGCCGCAACCAGUCUCUAGCAGGCUACAGAAACGGCGGCGGCGGCGGCGAAUCAGUCUCUAGCAGCAACUGCAGCAGAGGAGGCGGCUCAGUCUCCUGUAGCAACGACGGCAGCUCAGUCUGAAGCGGCGGCGUCUCUCCGUCUACAAUAGCAAUUUCAAAAUUGGAUUCCUAGGGAGGGAAUUUGGGAAUGUUGGGACUAAGCAAAAUUCAGACUCCAAUUUACCAUUUCAGAAACAGCUCAGCUUCUGGUAAAAGCGCCAUCUUUGGAGGAGGUGCUUUCAUCUCCAAGAACCAACAUUCCCACAAGCAUCUGUUGUCUUCUUCUAGGAUGUUCUCCAAAGAAUUUCAAUCCCGCGCCACCGUUUUGCCCUGCAAAGCUUCUUUAAGAGCUCAAGAAAAGUCUGACAGGACCAAUGGCAGUUCGCCGGUUAAUGGACUAUCUGAAAUUGUUGUUGGUGUUUUAGGAGGAGGACAACUUGGUCGUAUGUUGUGCCAAGCAGCUUCACAGAUGGCUAUCAAAGUUAUUAUCUUGGACCCAAUGGAAAAUUGUCCUGCAAGUUCAUUGGCUCAUCAUCAUGUAGUGGGAAGCUACAAUGAUAGCGCCACUGUUGAAGAAUUUGGGAAAAGGUGUGAUGUGUUAACUAUCGAGAUUGAGCAUGUUGAUGCUGACACAAUUGAGAAACUGGAGCAACAAGGUGUGGAUUGUGAACCUAAAGCUUCUACAAUCCGAAUAAUUCAGGACAAAUAUCUUCAGAAGGUCCACUUUUCAAGGCAUGCAAUUCCACUUUCUAACUUUAUGCAGAUAGAUUCUUUUGAAAGUGCUAAAAGAGCGGGUGACGUCUUUGGGUAUCCACUUAUGGUGAAGAGCAGGAGGCUGGCUUAUGAUGGGCGUGGCAAUGCUGUAACUAAAAGUGAAGAGGAUCUUUCUGCUGCAGUUAAUGCUCUUGGAGGAUAUGGUCAUGGUUUAUAUGUUGAAAAGUGGGCGCCAUUUGUGAAGGAGCUCUCUGUCAUUGUUGCAAGAGGAAGGGAUGGGUCUAUCAUUUCUUAUCCUGUUGUUGAAACCAUCCACAGGGAAAACAUUUGUCACAUUGUAAAGUCACCUGCUAAUGUGUCAUGGAAGGUUAUGAACCUUGCAACUGAUGUUGCAUGCAAAGCUGUAAAUUCAUUAGAUGGCGCUGGUGUUUUUGCUGUUGAGCUGUUUUUGACAGAGGAUGAUCAGAUUUUACUUAACGAAGUGGCUCCAAGACCACAUAAUAGUGGACACCAUACUAUUGAGGCUUGCUUUACUUCACAAUACGAGCAGCAUUUACGAGCUGUGGUGGGGCUCCCACUUGGUGAUCCAUCAAUGAAAACACCCGCUGCUAUCAUGUACAAUAUAUUAGGUGAAGAUGAGGGAGAACCAGGUUUUGCCCUAGCACAUCAGCUCAUUGGAAGGGCACUAGAAAUUCCAGGAGCUUCUAUCCAUUGGUAUGACAAACCAGAAAUAAGAAAACAAAGAAAGAUGGGUCACAUUACCUUUGUGGGGCCCUCAAUGGGAAUCGUGGAAGCAAGGCUACAAUCUGCUCUAGUAGAAAAUGCUGGGGAUGGCCCGCCGCCUUGUGUUGUGCCACGUGUCGGGAUCAUAAUGGGUUCUGAUUCCGAUCUUCCAGUUAUGAAAGAUGCUGCAAAGAUACUCAAAGAGUUUGAUGUGCCUGCCGAGGUAAGAAUAGUGUCGGCACAUAGGACACCCGAAAUGAUGUAUUCUUAUGCUACAUCUGCAAUUGAACGUGGCAUUCAUGUAAUAAUCGCUGGCGCUGGGGGUGCGGCCCACUUGCCCGGUAUGGUUGCUGCAUUGACUCCAUUACCAGUCAUUGGAGUUCCAGUUCGAGCUUCUGCUUUAGAUGGAAUGGACUCUCUAUUAUCCAUAGUUCAGAUGCCAAGAGGUGUCCCGGUUGCAACCGUUGCAAUAAACAAUGCGACAAAUGCCGGUCUGCUAGCAGUGAGGUUAUUAGGGAUUAGUGACAUCAAACUUCAAGCAAGAAUGGCUCAAUAUUUAGAAGACCGACGGGAUGAGGUCUUGGUUAAAGCAGAGAGGCUAGAAAAAGAUGGCUGGGAAGACUACUUGAAUUGUUAACAUUUUUUUUACUGUGGAAGCUUUUACAGAAUUACAGGGCAGGCCAAACCUUUUUUACUGCAUCUCCUUCAUGGAGUUACCAUUUUGUAGUUUUAGACUGUACGGCUUAUAACUUGCAACUCAACUGUACUUUGAGGUAUCUUUUCCUAGUUUGUUUGAUUUUUUUUUGGGUAAUUAGCAUUUUAAAAUUUUUAUUAGCCAUUUUUUUUCAAGUACAUAGGAAAGCAUUAGCUAGAGUUUCUGCCAAACACUACCUCUGUUAAUGUUUUGCAGGAAAGUUAAGGGUAAUUUGGGGUAAAGGACACCAAAUAGUCAUUAAUGUUAUCUGAAUGUUAGUAUCUAUUUUGGACUUCUUGUACUUUAAUAAAAACUGUAAUGUGUA